AUGGCAAAUAUACAUAGAUUGGGUGAUAACAAUGACUAGUAAAAUAAUUAUCAGAACUUUAGGGGUAAUGGAGGAUAAUAGAUGAUGUCUGUAUUUGGUAAUUAAGUUCAUCUAAAGACAUUAGGAGGAAUUGAUGCAGACCCAAGAGGAGAGAAUUUUUUUGAUAUGUUGAAGAAAUCAUUUUGUCCAAAACUUAAACUUCUAUCAUUUACUACAAUAAUUUCAGCUCUAAUAAUAAUUCUAUACUUCACAAUGUUAGGAGUUGGAGGUGUUAAUAAAAAUGAUAGAUUUUUAUCAGUAUACAGGAGUACAUUAAAUCAAUUUGGUGGAAAUAAUCCAAAUGAUGUUAAAUAUAAUUUUGAGAUUUUCAGAUGGGUAACAUCAUUACUCUUGGUUGGAGACUUCUAUAAUUUAGUGAUUGCAAUAUUGAUGAUAUUGAUUUGUUAUUCAAUUUUAGAAGCCACAUAAGGAUUGCAAUUAGCAAUAAUAGUAUUUUUUGGAGCAGGAGCAAGUGGUGCCUUAUUUGGAGAUUUAUGUAACAUUUGUAAAUAUACAACAUACUCAGAAACUUUUGCAUGUAUAUAUGCUUGUGUAGGAUUCUUGAUAGGAGUAUAUAAUUUAUCAUAUAUUUAAUAGUAUAUAAUUCUAUAUUGGUAGAAAUUAGAUGCUUUGGGAGAAAUGAAAUGUGCUGUGGUAUGUUUUGUAGCUAUAGUGAUAAUAUUUGUAAUGAUGUUUACUUUUGGAUCUGGAUAGAAUAGUUUUUAUGAUAAUUUAGGUGAAUUGGGAGGUUUUUUGGGAGGAUUAUUUAUAGCCAUGAGUUUAGUUGAGGUACCUUAGAGUGGAGAGUUUGAGGCUAUUUGUCGAAAGGUUGGAUAUGGAUUUCUGGGAGUUUAAGUUGGAUUGAGUAUAAUUUUAUUAUAUUCUUUGUAAUGCAGCUGA